AUGAUUCAGAAACAAAUCCUAUCCAAAUUCCUAAUGAGAAAGAGUUUUUACAAUUGUCAGUGAAAAUUUACUUUUCGAAAUUUCUCAAAAAAAGCUGACCAAAAGAAGAAAAAAGAAGUCUUUGUGAAAUUUUGCACAGUUCUUAAUGAAAACUUCCCUCCAAACACAGACAAUUCCAGCAGAUUCGAACAAAGAAACUCGAAUUUUAUGGCCUUAGACCCAAUGAAUCUUAUGAAAAGAAACGAAAAUUAUAGUGUCAAGCUAAGGAAAGACCAGAGAAAAGAUUUUUUUCAAAAGAAAAGGCUUAGAUUAGAUGCUAGAACUGAAGAAACAGAAGAUGAAAAUGAAAUGCCCAAUUUUUCUUUGCUAAAUCCCAAAGAAAAACUCUUAGAACCUAUUAAGGAAACCUUCAAAUACUCCUAUAAAGUCUCGGUGAGCGAAAAAAUUCUAAAACUCAAGUUCAAACUAAGUAUUAAGCAAGAACAAGCAGAUAUGAAUUUAAGAGAAAAAAACCAAUAA